AUGAGAUAUCAAUUUUCCACCAUUGUAGACCUAGCGGCCUAUGACAACGAAGGCUUGUCUGAUGGCAUUGAUCUACGAAAGAACAAUUUUACGCACUUGGAAGAUCGAGGUGCAAUCCGCGCGCAGCAGGACUGGGCUAAGCAUGUUGCGCCCAUCAAGCAGUUUAAGGGCACCCUUGGUCACGACUACAGUUUCAUGACGGUCUGCGUGCCUGAAUGUAUACCAACACGUCUGGAAAUCAUUUCGUAUGCAAAUGAAUUCGCAUUUAUGUAUGAUGACGAUACUGAGCUGGACACCGAGGACGACACGUCUGCGGAGAACGAUGAAUUGAUGGGGAUUUUUCUAGCGGGCCCUGAAAGCCGGAGCCCGUCGCAAGACCAAUCCAGUUCUGGAAAAACACGGAUUCUUAAACAGCUGUUUUCGGAGAUGGUGGCAGUCGACAAAGAGUGCGCGAUAAGGGCCAUGAAAGCAUGGGCUGAGUUUCUCAGAGACGGUUCAAGUCGUCAGCAUAGCACAGCAUUUAUAAGGCUGGAAGACUACCUACCCUAUCGUAUCAAAGAUGUGGGCGAAAUGUUUUGGUUUGGUGUGGUAACCUUCGGCAUGGCACUGCACAUUCCAGACCACGAGAUGGAUGCGUGCCACAAGCUCAUGGAACCCGCCUGGAUCGCUGUCGGAUUGGCUAAUGAUGUCUUCUCCUGGCCGAAAGAGCGUGAUGCGAGUCAAAGGCUCGGACGUACUCAUGUUGUAAAUGCUAUUUGGGUUGUAAUGCAAGAGCAUGGCCUUUCCCAAGAGCAAGCUAAUCAAUACUGCCGGAAACUUGCCGCUCAGUAUGUCACCCAGUACUUGGACAAUAUUCGGAAGAUCAAGAAUGACGAGUCGAUAUCUCUGGACCUUCGCACUUAUGUUGAAGCCAUGCAAUACAGCAUCUCGGGGAAUGUCACAUGGAGCAAACUCUGCCCCAGAUAUAAUCCUGAGAAGUGUUUCAAUCAGACUCAACUGGAUUGGAUGCACAAUGGGCUCCCCAGGCCUAUCGAGUUGGACAGCGCUUCUGACACUAGCUCUUCUUUCUUAUCAACAAGCACACACAGCUCGCCGGUAUCUGGGUCCCAAACGACGAUUGAAUACAAGGAUGGAUGGACCGCUGAUUCUUCCGAAAUUAUGUCCUUGUUCCUCAAUUCCUCAUUGCCUCCUUUGUCUCAUAAAGUGAUCAGCGCACCAGUUAUCUAUGUCGAUUCGCUUCCCUCUAAAGGUGCACGAGACAUGUUCUUGGAUGCUCUCAACCACUGGCUACAGGUGGACGAGCAGAAGGUAUCUCAAGUGAAAAUGGCGAUUCGUAUGCUGCACAACGCGUCACUAAUGCUUGAUGACAUUCAAGAUGGCUCUCGACUACGCCGGGGCAAAUCUAGCGCACAUCGUGUUUUCGGAGUCGCCCAAACGACCAAUUCAGCUGCGUUCUUGGUGAACGAAUCCAUAAAACAGAUACGCGAACUUGCGGGCGAUCAGGGCGUCGCUGCAGUGCUGGAAAAAUUGACCAGUCUCUUCGUUGGUCAAGCUCAGGACCUGCAUUCAUCGCGAAAUCUUUCUUGUCCGUCUUUAACUGAAUACAUUCAGACAAUUGAUCAAAAAACUAGCGCUCUCUUCGAACUGGCUUGGAGGCUCAUGUACCUUUGCUCAAUGGCAAAUGUAGUGCCCGACAGUUCGCUGUCGCGCUUCUGCAUCUUACUCGGCCGUUUUUUUCAGAUCCGUGACGACUAUAAAAAUCUCACGUCACCUGAAUAUACUAAGCAGAAAGGAUUCUGCGACGACUUGAACAGUGGAACGUAUACGCUUCCCCUUCUGUAUGCCAUCUCGCAACAGUCAGAAAAUCUUCUGCUCCAGAAUUUGCUAUCUACAAGACUGGCUGAAGGGACACUCGACGACGCCCAAAAAUGCUUGGCUCUAGAUCAGAUGCAGCUGGUAAAGACGGACAAGUUUUUGCGAAAGAUUCUAGCUGUAUUAUACGAUGAGCUUAGUGCUGAACUGCAGUAUAUAUCUAGUUCAUUCGCGUCCAAAAAUCCUCAAAUGGAGCGGAUGCUAGCGAUGCUUAAGCUUUGA